AUGAUAAAAUCAGCCGUCACAAACACGGUAUCGGUCUAUAAAGAUGAAUGUGUUAAAUACAUGACUAAUUUGGUGAAAUUUGCCACAGAAUGUUGCGGAUUGGAUAACGCAAAGAGGUUUAACAGAGUAGAUUUGAAAAAAUCCAUUCUCAACUCAACCAGAGGAAGGUCAAUAACUAAAUUCAUCCAAACAUUAUCAAUGAAUGAUAAGAAGGACCUGUUAAAGCUAUCUUCCAUGGAAUGCCCAGUGACCUGCCCGAACAAAAAAGUAUUGCUACGACCAAUAGAAUCGAUGCCCAGUAAUAUUAUGAAGUCUUCCAAAAAGUUGAGAAACUUUUUUGGUAUUCCAGAGCUGCAAGUGUGUAGAGGCUGCAGUAAGAAGAGCAGAUGCAGAAGAUACCAACAAGUCGAACACGACGUUCCGGAUUUGUCGGAUCUGGCAUCAGUGAUGAUAGGAAUGUAUUCAAUAUGUAAAAUACACCUGGACGGAAACGAAUUGGUGGUGCCGGAGUUCGCCUUCAGGGAAAUCGAAGCAGUAACAUCGCUACUCGGAAGUUUAAAUCGGUAUUUUAAGGACUACAACAUUGAAACUAACAUACCGAGAGGGGACGACAAGGCGUGCAUGAGAGAACUGCAAAGGUGUAGAAAGGAGCAAGAAACCAAGAAGUUGGAACUGCUGAAAGAGAAGGUGUUUAACAUACCGCCCGGGUAUAACAUCGUGCCUAAGAGAACGAGCUACAUGACUGGGUUUCAGAGGGACCUGUACAAUAAACUAUUUAAGAAGAAGAGGGCGGUGGAAGAUGACUACAUAUGGGUGUCGGAUACAGGAGACACGACGCUGCCAGAAGAAACCUCCAAGCUGGAGAAGAUAAACAGGCUGGAAAUAGAAGUAAAGGAGGGACACGCAGAGCCCAGAGAGGAAGUUGGGGCAAAGAUGGAUAAAAUAGAGGACCUGACGACCAGCGACGUCCAGUUCAGAAUGGAGUACUCGACGCCGCUGGGAAGCGAAGUGAACCUGCAAAGAUACGACGUGAUUAACGACAAAAUGGUCAGGGGAAUACAAAUCAACGCAAAGGGAAGGUACGAGGUGGACCUGGAGGAGAACCUGGGAAACAGGGGGACGAACCACGUCGAGUACAGAAGCGACGGAAUACCAAUGUACAAGGUGCCGACCGCAAAAAAGCUGGGAUCCCUGUCGAGAUUUAUAGGAAACCUGGACUCGUGCCCCAACGACCUGUCAUUUUUGAAGCGCGUGCCGUACAAUUAUCAGUGCCAGAGCUCGGGAGAGGCCCUCAAGUCGCAGGCGGAGGCUCGCGAGGAAGACAAGGAAAACCUGGUCCAGAUAGCACUCGCACUCGACUCUAAAAACAAGUAG